AGCCCCCCAAAAAAACCCUAAACCACCCAAAACCAUAAUUCUCAGUCGCUGUAAAUCUCUCACAUUGUCCUUCAAACCAUGGCCGCCGCUACCGUAUCCGUCAAGCAAGAAAUCACGGAGAAAACCAAUCAAAUUCCCAAUCCUUCGCCUAUUUACCUAAGCAGCGAUAGUAGUAGCGCUAGUUCCGUUAACUCUUCGGACGUUGAAGACCUAGACAGCAGUUCCUUAUUGGCUUCCGUAGCGAGCAAGUUGAAGAAAAAUCGUGAUUUGGCAGGAGGCGAAGGAGCUCCGACAACGAAGAAGCUGAAAAGUAAUGGAAACGGGGGUUUCACGUUCCCUCUAGGGUUUCUGCAUCCUCUUACGCCUUUGGAAAUUGCCAAGGCGGUGCCUCUGGCUCAGGUUUCGGCAGAGAACGUUGCGAAGAGUGUUGGUGUAAAUAGUAAUAAUAAUAAUGAUAACCAAGUGGGUCCGGUUUUACGGAGUUGCAAGCAGUUUUGGAAAGCAGGGGAUUAUGAGGGUGGCAGUGAAGGCAUUGCCAAUUCUGGGUUCUCUUCUGUUGGAAUGGACCAUGUCAGGGUUCAUCCCAAGUUUCUCCACUCAAAUGCCACCAGUCAUAAGUGGGCUCUGGGAGCUUUUGCAGAGCUUCUAGACAAUGCUUUGGACGAGAUUUGCUAUGGAGCCAGUUAUGUUCAUAUUGACAUGCUGAGAAAUAAGAAAGAUGGCAGUGAGAUGUUGAUGGUUGAAGAUAAUGGUGGUGGAAUGGCUCCUGAUAAAAUGCGACAAUGCAUGUCUCUUGGGUAUUCCGCAAAAAGCAAAAUGGCAAAUACUAUUGGUCAAUAUGGCAAUGGGUUCAAGACGAGUACUAUGAGGCUUGGAGCAGAUGUUAUAGUGUUUUCUCGUUGUCGGGGGAUUGAUGGGGGAAGCCCGACACAGACCAUUGGAAUGCUAUCCUAUUCAUUUUUGAGGGAUACUGGAAAGGAAGAUAUUGUGGUUCCCAUGGUUGACUACGAGAAAAGAGGUCAAGGAUGGAACAGGAUGGUGCGGGGUUCUCUAGAUGAUUGGGAGAGAAACCUAGCGACCAUAGUGCAGUGGUCUCCAUAUUUAAGUGAAGAAGUUCUUCUUCAGCAGUUUAUGCUCUUUAAAGAGCAUGGUACACGUAUCGUAAUCUACAACCUUUGGGAAGAUGAUGAAGGACAACUGGAACUUGAUUUCGAUACUGAUCCCCAUGACAUUCAAAUUAGAGGAGUCAAUAGGGAUGAGAAGAAGAUUCAUAUGGCAAAACAAUAUCCCAACUCUAGACACUUCUUAACGUAUAGACAUUCGUUACGGAGUUAUGCAUCAAUUCUCUAUCUCAAGCUUCCAUAUAACUUCAGAAUUAUUCUCCGUGGGAAAGAUGUUGAACAUCAUAAUAUAGUGAAUGACAUGAUGUUAACUAAGGAGGUAACAUACAGACCUCUGCAUCUUCCGGAGGGAAUCCCAAAAGAUGUGAAUAUGAUUGCCAAUGUCACUCUUGGUUUUGUAAAGGAUGCGCGAUUUCAUAUUGAUGUCCAAGGGUUCAAUGUUUAUCAUAAAAAUCGACUGAUUAAGCCGUUUUGGAGGGUUUGGAAUGCUGCUGGCAGUGAUGGUCGUGGAGUUAUAGGUGUGCUGGAAGCUAAUUUUGUUGAACCAGCUCACGACAAACAGGGCUUUGAGCGGACAAUUGUUCUUUCAAGACUUGAGGCACGAUUGGUUGCAAUGCAGAAAGAUUUCUGGUCUAAAAAUUGCCAGAUUGUUGGGUAUGCUCCAAGAAGACGUUCGAGUGAUUUUCCAGAAAGAGAACCUUUAGCAUCUAAUCAAGAGAAAUCCGCAGGCACAAAGCAGAAUUGCCAUGGUUCUAGUACUGGGGGAGUUAUGAAAAUGUCCAGUAAGAAACUUGAAAAAGGAUCAUCACCUAUGGAUGCUUCAAGUGAAGAUGAGGCAUCAUAUGCUUCUAUUGAACCUCAGCAAGACCCUGCUUCAGACGCAAGGGGCCAUCAAAUGCUUAGGCAUUCACACUCCAAGGCAUUUUUUCCCCAUUACUUCUCACUUUGUGGUGGGCUGGGCACAAAUGAAAAAAUAAAUGUCGUGGAUAUAUUGGCACUCCAAAAAAGUCAUCCUAUACUCCUCCAUGUGCAAUUUCUCCCUUACGUUCUUAUAAAGGAGAAGUGCAUGAUAACUUUUUUGGAGUGGCAAUAA